GAUCUGGAACGUCAUCAUGUCGGCGCACCGUCUGAAAUUCUGCUAUGUGCUUGUGUCACAUCCCCCUGAAGCGAUAUGUGAUCCUUGCGUGCCGCUAGGCGGCAAGCCAGGCAUCACCGGCUACAAAAUUUCAUGAAUGACCAAGCAGCAAUUGCCAACGUCCUUCUGUGCCACCUUCUCUCCUCUCUGCGACCUCAUGGACUAUCAAAAAUCACGGUCUCCAAUUCGAUUAGAUGAAUUGCCGGAUUUGAUACUACGAAACAUAUGCCACCAACUGGGCGACUGCCGGCAGUUUGCAGUGGUGUCUCGAAACUGCUUGGACCCGGCGAGAGCCAGCAUAUUUGCCACGAUCAGCAUCAAGGCCAGCAUUGCCAUUGGUGUGCAUCAUCAGUUGGCGGAAUGGAAAAAACGACUUCAGCAACUGCAAUGUCUUGCUCACGUUAGAACAUUGCGUUUACAGACCGGCUAUGAGCGGCCGGUGGAAGCUUUCGACGACUACGGUGAUCAUCUCAACAAGCAGUGGCGGCAUCGCGCAGACGUUUAUAGCCAUUUGCGUGGACUAUCAGACGAAAGAGCGGAUUGGCAAGACUUAAUCGAAUUCAUCGCUCAGCUGCCUGGGUUGAAGGACUUCGUAUAUGCUGGCGGUGUUCCGAUCUGCAUUGAACUCUUCCAGGCGCUUGAAGGUCGGCGAUGUCGUUUGCACAUGAAGACAUUUUGUCUGUCAAGCCUGCUGUAUUACCCGCACGAGCAGGAACAUACCAUAGAGAGGACUGAAUUGCAAAUGGCUACCUCUCCGCAGCUGUAUGGUGUCAAACUCAAUGAGUACGAUGAGCUGGGAAACUAUGGUCAUUUUGACUUCCGCUUAGAAGGCCUCCUUGACAUGGCCAAAGGUUUGGCACCUGGCUUGCGUGAGGUCAGCGUGAAGCGGGACAAGCCCAGCGACUCGAGCGACUUGAAGCAACUCCGAACAAAGGCUCGGCGGCAGUGGCAAGGAACAGAGCUCGGAACAUUGCCCAGUUGGUCGAAAGGCAGCCUGAGCGUUCUCGAACUUGCUGGCAAAGGAUCUACGACUCUUGAAGCGCUGCAAGUCUGGCACGGGGUUACGGACUUUUCAAAAUUGCAGGAACUCAAAUUACAUGGUCCUGUUAAAUCAGAGACUGUGACUUGGAUGCUCGAAUGUUGUAAUCUGAACUCACUACGGCACCUGGUGCUUCAUCUGGAGACGCGAGAUCCAGAAUGUAAAGCUGCUCUGGAACUGUUCGAGAGUAUUCGCCCACUGAAAGAGCUUAAGCUCGUGGCGCAUAUCGACCAAAAGCUUUUGCUGGCGGUCCUCAAGCGGCACGGUCCUACUCUACAGAGCCUCAUCAUCGUUCCCAGCGUGGAGUCAAGAGUCAGCUGCGAAAUGCUGGCCGACCUGAUCGCUGAUCACUGCCCGGUCCUAGAAAAGCUCACUAUGCCCAUGCGCCGCAGUCAAGGGGAUGCCAAGGAAGUGGCAAUGUACCAAAGAUUCCGCCGUCUCACAUGCUUAGAAGAAUUGUACUUAGUGCUAAGAUGUGACGGUGAGGACAGCCAUGACAUCACGGAUCGCAACACGACUAUCAAGAAAGUCCUCAUUGACCACGGCAUUGAUCCCGCACUGGCUACUUCUAUUUUCAAGGUCAUCACCAAUGCCGACAUCACACCCACUGCUCCAUUACGGCGUCUGGAGAUCCGCCCUGAAAGCGCGCAGCUGGCCAAAGUGGAUUUGGGUUGUUCAAGAGAUGAAGAUGAGGUGUUCAUAGAAACGGAGAUCAUCCAUGGCUUGGGUGACGUUUGUCACACCAUAGCAGGGCACUGGGUAUGCCUGAAAGAUGCUUGGAAUGGCACAUUGUACGUGGAAAGCGCCGGAGAUGAAGAGAUGUCAAUUGACGCCAUCCGUGGAGAGGUUGGCGCCGCCUUCUACGAGUUAUGGCCAAUGCCAAAGAAGUAUAAAAAGUAUUGGUCUGAGAACUGGACCAGUUUCCCACUUGAGACGUGAAAGUGUUCGGGUAGGGCACAAGGAGAUGAUUAUGUCUCCUUUCAUGAUCCAUAGCUGCAACAUAUAAUAGCAUACUUGACUUUCCCAAAGCAACCGGCGGGAGGAAAUGGAACGUCCGGCGACAGACUUUCACUUGUUCUUCACCCGCGGGAAGGCGUCAUUUCAACCUG